GGUCGGGCGCCGCGUCGAUGGCGUCCCAGGUAAAUGAGUGCGAGGGCUGCACGGGCAGCCGCCGGCGCGGGGGGGGCAGCCACGCCGCGGCGGCGUUCCGGUCGCGUCCUGGGGCCGCCUGCACGCGUUUGCGCCGACGAGAGUGCACCGCUGCGGCCAGUUGUCCGGGCAGAGCACUGAUGCUCUCCAGGCAGAGCGCAGCUCUCACGCCGGCAGCGCUGCCCCGGGCUGCCCGAGGAAGACUCCGCCGCAGCACGAGAGACGCACGCGUCUGUCGCAGCGCUCUCGUGGCGCCGGAGCCUACGCUGCACGCCGCCGAGGCGCUCCAGGACAACUGUGCUCGGGCAACAGCUCUGAUGGCCUGGGUGCCCGCCCCGGUCAACAGCCCCUGGCGCGGCCAUGUCUACCAGCGCGACGCCGAGGAGGAGGCGCGACUCGACGACAAACUAUCAGCAGCGAAAGCGGCGGCCGAGGCCAGGGCCGCGCGGCCGCUGACGGAAACCGAAAAUUAUUGGAGGAAGCGCGAGGAGCCGGGCACCGGCGACCUGUGUCGCGCGCGCGCGGUCCGCGCGUUUGAGGCUGUCGAGCGCGUCGAGCUUGGCCUCACCGCGGGCGACCGCGUCCUCGUGGUGCAACAGGAGCUCCUCCCGGGCGCGGGCUGGAUCUUCGCGACGCGCGGCGACGAUUGUGGGUACGUGCCUAGGAACUACCUCGCGGAAGAGGAGGCGUCAAUCGCAGAAACGGUGCUUGUGAAAGAACACGUCCUGACGAUCGACUCCGACGCUCAAUUGGCGCUGUCGCCGAUGGACUGGGCGAACCGCGGCCGCGCCAUCCCCUGCACCUGGUUCUUCGCGCACGCGCUGCCGCCCCAGAAGUUGGUCGACGCCCUGCGCGACGCGUUGCGAGCGUUUCCGCACUUCGCGGCGCGCUACACGCGGCGCGCGGUCCGCGUCUGAACCUUCAAUUCCCCGCUUUUCUCGACGGCUUCGAUGUCCGCGCAGGGACGGGAGCGGCCUCGAGCCCGGCGGCGCCGUACGUGUCGAGGUCCGGCAAAGCACGACGCCCUUCGCGGAGGCCUACGUCCACACAACUAGCAAAAAAGUGAUCAGACGCACCGCCCACGAGGCCUACGUCCCCUCGAAGGCCGGCAUGGAUCCUGAUGACGGUCUCGCGGCGACACCAUUGCUCCGCAUCCGUAUAACGCUUUUCGAUAACGGCACGGCCGUCGGAGUGCUUGUCCAGCACGCGAUCACGGACAUCGAGGGCAUUGUCGCGUUCAUGCGGGCGUGGUCUCGAUGCGCGCGAGGCGGCGACAUCUCCCCACGACAGGACCGCUGGGCGCCCGCCUCGACUAUAGAAGAAGAGGCACCGGAGCGCUGGGCGCCUUCAGAGAAACCUCCGGAGUUCGUGGGCGUUGCGCAGAAGAUCCGCACGGAGGACUGUUGUGUGCUGCCGCUGCCCGCCUCGACACUCGCAGCGCUCAAAGCCGCGGCCGGUGAGUCUAGUGAGCCGUACGCGUCGACGGACGAUGUUUUGACUGCCCGCGUCUGGCGGGCAUUAGUUGUGUGCCGGCUGGCUCAACUGGGUUUGCCCAUAUCCAAGGCAGGAACGACUUGUUGUCUACGAGCCGCGAACGUGCGCCAGGUCCUGGGGCUGUCAAAAGACUACGCGGGCAAUGCCACGACAGAUAUAUGUACGGAGCUGCCGGCGAAGGAGCUGCUGGGCGCGCGCGUCGGCGCCGUCGCCGGGAAGCUCCGAGCCGACUUGCUGGCGACGCGGACCCCGGACCGAGUCCAGGCGCGAGGGGCCUUUUUUCGAGGCGCGCAGAAGAUGCGACAAAGAAUAAGGAAGCGCUUCGACGAGAAUUCUCUUACGUUCAUUAUGAGCUCCUGGAGCGCUGAAUGGGACGCCGUCGACUUCGGCAGUGGGCCGCCCGUUGCACUAGACCACGGCGCCAUCGCGCCUGUCGUGUGCGUGUUUGUCAGAAGGCCACGCGGCGACGGCGUCAACGUCUAUGUGUCGCUGCCUAGGCAUCUGCUGGGGACGUUCUCGGAGUGUGUCUUCGUGAACGAGACGGCGUCCGUGCUUGUUGAGGAGUAAUUUGUUGUGUUUGU